CUGCUUCGUGAAAAUACAUACUAUGUGAUGUCAACGAAACAUAUACAAAACUUUUUAUAUUUAAUAAAGAAAACGAAAUAAAUAAUAAUUUACAUAAAAUAGUGAGAAAUACCAUUUCAAUGAUUUUGUCUCCUAACGUUUUCAAUGUUAUUUUUCUUCAAUGAAACUGGUAAAACCGGUGUCCCGGUAGUCAUCACUCACAUCUUCUCCACCACGUGUCACUCUUAUAUGGUCAUAAGUUUUCCCACCUUUCUACGUCCAAUUCUGUAUUUAUAUACCCUAAACCCAUCUUCUUCUACAUGCUCUUAUUUCACAAUCCCACCAAAACAAAUCUCAAGAACAUUUCCAGAUUCAGAAAAAAAAAAACUCUCAUAACUUUUUUCUUUUGUUUCUGUCGAAUUUCAAAUAAUCAAGCAAUUGUUUUUGUAACCUUGAAAGAUUAUGGCUAUAGAAGAUAACCGAAGUCACAACGAUUACCUUAGGAGGAUCACUUUUGCAGCGUUCUUGAAAUCUAGUUCUCUCGCCGUCGAGGAAGAAACUUACCACAGCGACGGCGAUCAUCAUAAACAAAACGCGUUUAGCACCAACAACGAUUCUCAGCGUCCAAGCAACGCUUCAAGUGCUAGUAGCGACUCAUCAUCAUCAAUCUACCCAUUAUCUCCAUGGAACCAAACUUACUAUCCAAGCAACGACAACACGACGUCGUUUUCAUCUGCUACUCAAUCACCAUGGAACCAAACUUACUCUCCGUACCACAAAUCUCCAUGGAUUUACCAAACAAGAAACAGCGAUUUCGAGGAUGAUCCUGAUAACGGUUUAAUCGGUACGGUCGUGAGACAAGAAGGACACGUGUACUCUCUUGCUGCUUCAGGUGAUCUUCUUUUCACCGGUUCCGAUUCCAAGAACAUUCGGGUUUGGAAAGAUCUUAAAGAUUUUUCCGGGUUUAAAUCCACAAGCGGUUUUGUUAAAGCGAUUGUAAUAACCGGAGAUAACCGGGUUUUCACUGGUCAUCAAGAUGGUAAAAUCAGGGUUUGGAGAGGAUCAAAGAAGAAUCCAGAGAGAUAUUCACGACUCGGAAGCUUACCAACUCUUAAAGAAUUUCUCACCAAAUCGGUAAAUCCUAGAAACUACGUCGAAGUCCGUCGCCGGAAAAACGUUUUGAAGAUCCGACAUUUUGACGCCGUGUCGUGUCUGAGCUUAAACGAAGAUCUCGGUUUGCUCUACUCCGGUUCUUGGGAUAAGACUCUUAAGGUCUGGAGAUUAUCCGAUUCAAAGUGUUUAGAAUCAAUCGAAGCUCACGACGACGCCGUUAACACGGUGGUUUCCGGAUUUGACGAUUUGGUAUUCACCGGAUCAGCCGACGGGACGUUAAAAGUAUGGAAACGUGAGCAACAAGGCAAAGAGAUGAAGCAUGUUUUGGUACAAGUGUUGAUGAAACAAGAAAACGCAGUAACGGCGUUAGCUGUUAAUUUAACUGACGCUGUGGUUUACUGUGGUUCGUCUGACGGUACCGUUAACUUCUGGGAACGACAAAAGUAUUUGACUCACAAAGGGACGAUUCACGGCCACCGUAUGGCGGUGUUGUGUCUCACCACCGCCGGGAGUUUGCUUUUGAGCGGCGGAGCUGAUAAGAAUAUUUGCGUUUGGAAAAGAAACGGCGAUGGAUCGCAUACCUGUCUGUCCGUUUUGAUGGAUCAUGAAGGACCUGUUAAGUGUUUAACGGCUGUGGAAGAGGCGGAGGAAGAUAACAACGACGGAGACAACGGUGGAGAGAAAGGGGAUCAACGGUGGAUAGUGUAUAGUGGGAGUUUAGACAACUCCGUUAAAGUGUGGCGCGUGACGGAUUACGCUUCGUAAGCGCGUGAAGAAGUAUACGUGUGGACAACGUAGGAGCGUCAAGAAUUGUUACGCGGCCAUGUGGUUGUAUAGCGUUUUAUCGUCAAAGGAGGAAUUGAUUGGGAGGCAACUAGUUGGUAGAUUUUGGUACUUGUGAUGACUAAUAGUGAAUUGUCACGUUUCAUGUGAUUUUGUCAUCUUCUUUGGAAGUGUGAAAAAGUCUUUGUCUCCUUUUGUUAUUGCGUUAGAUCUUUUACUCUUGUCUCUUGUAAUUUCGCAUGCACUUAUUUUAAAUCAUGUGAAACUAAAAGAGGAAAGAAGGUGGAGAAAAAAAGGAAAGUAAAGAUUCCGCUACAAUGAGAAACAAAAAAAGAUAAAAGAAAUGUAAUAAAUGUGACUAUGUAAGUUGUUUGUAUAUGUUUAUUAUGGGGUCUUUAUU